AAAGGAAAGGGACCGUAAGCAGCUACUCGGGCUAGCUUAGUUUGAGACGCGCAAGUAAUCAACACGAUAAGCAGUGUAAAGUGUCCUGUAAAAAUGUGUAAAGUACAAAUGCUGAGAGCGCUGGUGAAUCAGCGACUAACUGCGGCCGUUGAAGAAAUAUUUGUAGUGUUGGAAAGAACGAUAGCAGAGUACGAGGGGGAACUUUCGCGAACAAAAGAGGAAAACGAGCGACAACGUCAACUACUGGACGCUGUUUUCAAUGAGCAUCAAGAUAGACGGCGCAAAGCAGAUGUCCAGCACAUUAAAGAUGAAGAAGAGGGAGAGCAGACAGAAGGACUGGAGGAGUUCCCAGUGAUUGGUGUCCCUGUGAAGAGUGAAGGUGAUGAAGACAAAUGUGAAAGUGAGGAGAAGAGAGAGGUGGAGCCUCCAAGCGGAAGCUCAACUCAACACAUGACAACAGAAGCUGAUGGAGACCACUGUGGAGGAUCACAAGCAGACAACCUCUUAGCUCCACUCUCAGAAGAUCGUGACGAUGCAACGUCACACUCUCCUGACACUGAUGAUGAAGAUGCUAAAGCUGAUAUGACAUGUCACACUGACAACACACGCCAUAAAUGCUCUCAGUGUGAUAAAUCGUUUAAUGACAGUAGUAAUCUGAAAAGACACAUGAGAAGUCACACAGGAGAGAAACCAUACAUCUGCUCAGUUUGUGGUAAAAGAUUUGCUCACAAGGGAAAUUUGACAACACACACAAGAACGCACACUGGAGAGAAACCAUAUUCUUGUUCAAUGUGCAACACCCAUUUUAGUGACCAUUCAGUAUUGAUUCGACACAUGAGGCGACACACUGGUGAGAAACCUUUCACAUGCUCAGUGUGUGGUAAAGCUUUCCUUGUGAAGGGGUCUCUUACAGCACACACAAGAACACACACCGGAGAGAAACCUUUUAAAUGCUUAAUUUGUGGUAAAAACUUCUCUCAAAAGUCACAUUUGAGAACACACGCAAGAACACACGCUGGGGAGAAAACAUAUUCCUGCUCAGUCUGCAAUGCAUCUUUUGGACUCCGUGCUGCGUUGUUUUGGCAUAUGGCAACCCACAACUAA